GCGAUGUGCAGGCGGAUCCACCGAAAGUCGGUUUGUGUGUACCGGUUUUUUUGGCCAGAGCGUGCUUGGGAACUGGAGGGGUGCUCGGGCCACGGGCGGGUCAGUCAUUGCAGUCGGAUCUCGAAAUGCCUCGCAACAAAUUUUGCAUUUUCGCUCAUCAUAUCAUGCAUGCUACCUUGCAUGCCGCUUUUUCAUUCAUACGUUGAUGCAUGCGCGAUUUCCGUGGUUGCAGCAAACGGCCCGGUCAGCGCGGUUGUGGUUGCCCAGACGCCCAUGGCCGAACCCACAUGUCACAUUGGCCGGGAAGUUAUCGUGCCGUUUCUGGCAUUUUCGAACAUGUCUUGGCGCUCUGCCGCAACAAGGGGCAAGCACCGUCUCGCCCCGGCAUCCCUGCUUCGCGUUCAAAAAUUACGUCGUCGACUCGCUCCAAAACUGGGAGCUUUGGCGCCCUUCUUUCCGGGUUGUUGUCGUGUUGUAGGUACGUAUUUUGUUAGUUUAAUCCGAAGUCAAUGACAAUGCUAGGUAUGUAG